UGAACCCUCCUCCCUCUUCAGUCUGGCUGAAUGUGAGUCUGCUGACUGGCUUCAGGCUUCAAACCAAAUCCGGCCGGAGAUAUUUACCGAGUAACGCUCGGAAAGGUGGAAAACUGCUAACCUUACGUCACCUAUUACCAUCUGAAGAACAGCCGAGACUGGUGUAGUUUAUUAUAAUUACUAUUUUUUGUUUUUAAAAGAAGGGCGGUCGCUUAGAAACCCCGCCGAAUGAACCCGAGGCGGCGGCGGAAGCAGCAGCAGAAGCCGACGUGGAGGAGGCGCAGCUCCGGACAUAAACACUCCUGGUUUUAAAGUUUUCUUUAGAACUUUCAGAGAAAAUGACUCAGGAUUACGGAGCGCGGACUAUACAGCUCGAGUGGCCUUGAACAACUCUGGACUGUGUACUUUGUUUUUGUUUUAUAUAUAUAUUUUUUUGGGGGGCGGCGGAUAGUUUGGUCUUGAAUUCACACCCUUUUUGUGCCUUGUACCUGCGUUUGGCGGAAGAUGCUGUCCACGCUGAGCGAGUGGUUCUGGAAUGAGCGGCUGUGGUUUCCAGAGGGUUUGGGAUGGGCUGACCUAGAGAAUCACGAUGGUCUUUUCUACCCCAAAGGCUCUGACCUCUGGGUUACCCUUCCAAUAGCCCUGGCCUUCCUUAUCAUACGCCAGAUAUUUGAGAGGACAGUGGCACUUCGACUGGCCUCGGCGAUGGGAGUGACUGAGAAGGUGAGAGUGCGGGCGACACCCAAUCCAACGCUGGAGUCGUACUUCUGCACCACGAGUAAACAUCCAGCACAGAGUGUGGUGGAGAGUUUAAGUAAACAGACAGGGAAUUCCCAGCAGCAGGUGCAGAGGUGGUUCCGGAGACGGCGCAACCAGGAGCGACCCAAUCAGCUUAAGAAGUUCAGGGAAGCAAGUUGGAGAUUUACAUUCUACCUUCUUGCGUUCUUUGCUGGACUGGCUGUUCUCAUUGACAAACCCUGGUUCUUCAAAAUGGAGGAGGUGUGGAAUGGAUUCCCAACACUGAAUGUGCUGCCUUCUCAGUACUGGUAUUACAUGAUCGAGCUGGGUUUCUACAUGUCACUCCUCUUCAGUGUGGCAUCCGACGUGAAGAGAAAAGACUUUAAGGAGCAGAUUGUUCACCAUGUUGCCACCAUUAUUUUGAUCAGUUUCUCCUGGUGUGUGAACUACAUUCGAGCAGGAACUCUGAUCAUGCUAGUGCACGAUGCCGCAGAUUAUCUGCUUGAGUCGGCCAAAAUGUUUAACUACGCCGGCUGGAGAAAGACGUGUAACUACAUCUUCAUCAUCUUUGCUGUCGUCUUCUUCAUCACACGACUCGUGAUCUUACCGUUCUGGAUCAUGCACUGUACGUGGGUCUAUCCAGUGACCAUCUAUCGUCCCUUCUUUGGUUAUUACUUCUUCAACGGGCUUAUGAUGGUGCUUCAGUGCCUACACAUCUUCUGGUUUGCGCUCAUUCUGCGCAUGGCCAUCAAGUUCCUCCCAGGCAAUCACAUUGUGGAAGACGAGCGGAGCGACAGAGAAGAGACGGACGACUCUGAGGACGAGGACAAGGCGCAGGAGAGCGAGAGACGGCCCAAGACGAAAAAUGGACCGCUGCAGAAUGGCUACUCUGCCUCAAACAACAACCACCGCAAGAUGGAGUGAUGAGGGGAAAGAGGAUGAGCGGAGGUGUAGUUCUCCCAUGCCCUCUAUGAUACAUACACACACACACACACACACACACACACACACACACACAGACUAAUAUAUUGAGGCAGUGAUAGAAGCAGCUAGUUUGGAAAAUUGGUUUAAACAUAUUAUACAGUCACACGUUUUCAUUACAUUUGACCAAGUAUUCGGUUCACUCAAACACUAAUCACCAAAAACGAAUUAUGUUCCAGAUGAAAUCAUCAUAAAGGUCAACUUCAGUAAAUGCACUAAAUUCUGUGCGAUCUCGAGGCAUUGAAUCUUCCUUGACCCGCUUCGCGCAUGACCCUGCAUACUGCCUGGUGAAUGUGAAACCCUCACUCAUCUUUCUUUCUAGCCUUACUGCUGGUGUUUCUCAUCACACGUGAUCUCGGUGUGUAAAUACGUCUCGUGAAGAUUUGCUAAGCUUGAAGGGUACCAAUCUUUGGCUUUGUAUUUUGCAAGCAACUUUACAGAUUUUCCUGACAUCGAACUCUCGCUAAGUCUCCAAACACAUUCCUAGUGUAUGUAUGAACACACACACACACACACCUCUGCACUGUCGUCAGGCCUCCUGUGUACUGCCCCCAUUUCAGUUGCACUAUCGUAUCGUUUUGCUAUGCACUACCACUGCCUUAGAGAUUAUCUCCUAGAAUGUGUUGUUCAAGGACCACAAACUAACCGAUCGACAUCCCGCUUAAACACACCUGAUGAUACCGUUCUGUUAAGUCGCGCUGUUCUGUGCAGGACAACUGGCAAUCUCUUUACCCCCCAUCUCGCCCCAUCAUGAAGCUGAAUGUUCAAUUAUUCCUCGUUUGGUGCCUUGUUUCUCCAGCAUCGCGAUAUCUUCAUUGUCUCGCAUCGGAAUCUGUCGAAUCCAGCUUUAGCUGUUAUUGGCGAAUUCAGUACACGCACACGUCGUGAAACUCCUCUCAGUUAAAGAUGUGCUCCAAAUCAAUUCGUGACAUUUCAAUCUUCCUCAUGUUAUUUGAAUGUUCGUCUCGGUCUUUAUUUACAAGGAUUACUCGGAUUAAUAUGAUUUUACUGUAUGUUUGGGUUGUUUCUGAUUUUUUUUUAUGUUUGUUUUCAUUAUUUUACUAGAGGUCCACAUUUAUUCGUUAAGAUUCCAAGAAGUUCCAGGGUUUUGUUUUUUAUUUUAAAGAAAAACGCCACCACAGUUUCUUGGCGAGGACGCUUUCGUUGUUCAAUAUGUUGUGACGGAUUAUUCUACGUUUCGGUAAAUUGGAUUAAGAACAGUUUCUGCUCUGUAUGGAGUCAGCUGUUGGGGGAGGGGGACUUUUUAUUUCUGUUCAGCAUCCGGUUCACAAACAGGAAAAACAAAGAUGUUUUACCAAAUAAGGUCUUAGAAGGUAACGGUCUAGUCUAUCUACCUAUCCAAUGGUUUUCGUAUCAGUCGUAGUAUUAAUACGAUGAAGAGUCAGUAUUCAUCACUCGUCUGACUUCAGAUGCACUUUAUAAGACGUGGCGCGUAGAAAUAAAGCCAGAGUUAAACUGGAGAUUUGAAGUGCUUUUAUAGUCGAGUCGGUUUGUAAGCACUGCGCAUGUGUAAAACUCGUACAGUUCAACUAGGCUGAAAUAGACUCCGGAGGUUUAUGGGUUUCACAGUUAAACAUCUGUAAAGUCCUCCUGUAACGCUGUAAACUGUCUCAGAGCUCAACGGCUCACAAACCCACUGAACUCUACAUUAUAAUCCAGUGUUGGAAGUAAAAGAUUAGAAAAUAAACGAGACUAGGAAUAAGAUUAUACGUAAGGUUUACAUGUCGUGGUCAUGUUGUUUAUUACGCUGCAGCUGUUGACUGUGAUUCUUUUUGUUUCUUGUUUUCUUGCUGCUUGUAAGCGCUUCAUUUCUAAACUGCGAUUGCGUUCGCUUCUACUUGCUCGUUCUUGUCUUGUUCUCCAAGCUCGCAUCCUUUACCUUCACGGUACAAAGCGUUCAUGACGGUGGGCUUGGCUUCAUCCCGAAUACUCUGAAGCAGCCACGUUUUAUUUAACUACACGCGGUAAUUGGAAGAAAUUCUACGCGGUGUAGAUGAUGUCACCCUGAAUCUAAAAAGCAAACCAUUACCGACGCUGAUCUGAUGAGAUUAAACUUUAGACUGCAAUUACUCUCUUCUCUCCCGACCACCCCCCUUUUUCAUUUUGGUUCAUCUCUUUUCUGUUCUCGCCUCUCCUCCUUAUCUAAAUUAAUCACCCCUUACAUCCUAAUGUCCAAACCAAUCUGACCAAAUGAGAUCUCACCAUCUGUUGUCUACAUACCUGAUACACACACAGAAACACAUCAUCAGUGUCAAAACUGGCAGUGUUUAUUGUAUCAUGUUUAUGCAACCUAAGAUAAAAGACUGUGGAUAACCAAA